GUCAGCAUUGUAACGCAGCUGAGCAUCACGUAGACAGAAGUACCAGCACAGUCCAGCUGCCCUUCCGUGUACAUUAUAAGGUCAGCAUGCAGCUGCAGGGCAACUGUCUUAAUACUAAGAAUGGAUCAGCUCAGUAAUUAAACCAGGGUUAUAAAAAUUUGUAAUUUACAACGUCUGAAAGCUUUAAAUGGACGGAAAAUGCAAUUUAGCCAAUGUAAUGUCAACGUAUUACUAUCUAGAAAGGAAGUGCUACUGAUCGACAUUUCUUCCCUUGGCAGCCUUGCUCGAAAACGAGGAAAUGUGGUUACUAGGGCAUCGCGUGCCUGCUGAAGUGAAAGGGGGAGUGGAUAUCUGAACACGUGCCUUUUUGGGUUAGGACAGACACGCGCCGGUAAAUGAGAGUAAAUAAAUGACAGUGACUGCAUAAGCUGCUGCUGUGCCUUGUACCUCUCAACGCAGUUGCUAGGGUCGUAGCUUGUACAUUUAGUAACCAGCCAGAAUGCGUGAGUACGAUGACAUCGUUGUGUUUCUUGGCAGCUGGGGACCUUUUCAGAUGGCAAUUUUCUUUUUGUUGAGUGCCAGUAUCAUUCCCAAUGGGUUUAAUGGGCUGGCUGUGGUAUUUUUGGCUGAUACCCCAGACCACCGUUGCCUGAUCCCAGAAAACGCCAACCUGAGCGAGGAGUGGAGGAAUGUAAGUAUCCCGGUGGAAGAAACGGGGAAUGGCAUUGUAUAUUUCAGUAAGUGCAGGAGAUACAAAUUAACUGCCCUGGAAAAUCUCUCUGCAUGGGCUCUGCGCCCUGGCGUGGAUGUAAAUGUCACUCAGCUGGAACAAGAGCAAUGCUUAGACGGAUGGGAGUACAGCACUGAGCAGUACAUUUCUACUAUUGUAACUCAGUGGGAUUUGGUUUGUGAGCAUAAAUGGAAAACUCCACUCACUUCAUCCAUUUAUUUCUUUGGCGUUUUGACAGGAUCUGUUAUUUCUGGACAAUUGUCAGACAGGUUUGGCAGAAAGAUUGUUCUUUUUGGCACCAUGGCUGUACAGACAGGUUUCAGCUUGAUUCAGAUCUUCUCUCCAACAUGGGAAAUAUUCUGUUUGCUGUUUUUCUUGGUUGGCCUAGGACAGAUUUCCAAUUAUGUUGCUGCAUUUGUGCUUGGAUCAGAAAUUCUUGGGGAUUCUGUCCGCAUUAAAUACUCUACACUUGGAGUUUGCUUAUUUUAUGCUUUUGGUUAUAUAGCAUUACCUGCUUUUGCAUACUUCAUCAGAGACUGGAAGAUGCUUCUUUUGGCAAUUGCUUUGCCUGGGUUGCUGUAUGUUCCUCUAUGGUGGUUUGUUCCUGAAUCUCCACGAUGGUUGCUUUCUCAAGGAAGAGUACAAGAGGCAGAAACCAUUAUUCGAAAAGCAGCGAAACAAAAUGGGAUCACACCACCGGACGUAAUUUUUGAACAAGAAGAGCUAGAAGACAUAAAGGACAAAACGGAACAAACGCAUAACAUUCUGGAUCUGGUGAAAACCCGUAAUAUCAGAUGUAUCACUAUUAUGUCACUUCUUGUAUGGAUGAUAAUAACCAUUGGCUACUUUGGAUUGUCACUCAAUACUCCAAACCUGCAUGGUGACGCCUAUUUAAACUGCUUCCUGUCAGCAGUUGUUGAGGUCCCAGCAUAUAUUGCAUCUUGGUUACUUCUGCAGUACUGUCCCCGAAGAUUCAGUCUGUCUGGAAUAUUGUUUCUUGCAGGGGUGGUUCUCUUAGUUAUUCAGCUUUUGCCUCCAGAUCUGAACAUCCUUUCCAUUUGUAUGGUGAUGAUUGGAAAAUUUGGAGUCACAGCUGCUUUCUCUAUGGUUUAUGUCUACUCUUCUGAACUCUACCCAACAGUAGUGAGAAAUAUGGGUGUCGGAGUGUGUUCCAUGGCAUCUAGGCUUGGCAGUAUCAUUUCACCUUACUUUGUUUUCUUAGGCCAGUAUGAUGAGUAUUUACCGUACAUCCUAAUGGGAAGCCUCACUGUACUGUCAGGCAUUUUGACUAUUUUUCUUCCUGAAAGUUUUGGCAUUCCACUUCCAGAUACAAUUGACCAAAUGCAAAUGGUAAAAGGGGUGAAAUAUAAGCCUAGUAACACUGGCAAGCAGAAACAUAAAGGAAGACAGGAAGAUGAAGACGAGGAUGAAAUGGUCCUCAAGAAAACUGCUUUUUAACAUUUAACUCUAUAUGGACUUGGAAGAGCCAUUCAAGGGGAAUUACUGCUCAGGCAUUAAUGUAGUGUUUUGCUUUAGGUGAUCCAAAGACUGAAUUGUACAAAAAAUGAUGCAAAUGCUGCAUUUGAAGACUGUUCUGGUUAUUAGAUGCCGUUUAUUGUUGUAUCUUACCAAAGUGCAUUUACAAAACAAAACUGUAUGCCUUUUAGUCUUAUAUCUUUAAACACAUUGUACACUAUUUCAAUAUUGAAUUAUAACAGACAAAAUAUUCAUGAAUGUACCAAGUUUGCCCUCUGUUCUGCUGUUAGAUUUUAAAUCUGUAAAGAAUCACUGCCUCGCUGACAUUAUUUUUUCCACAUUUCUUCCACAAGAAUAUACCUGUCUGCUCCAGGACAGAGCUAUUACAAAUUUUGUAAGACGUGGUAUAUCCGAAUGGGAGAGGUACAUUACUGUUACUGUAGAUGCCUAGGGAAAAAAAUCUAGCACUUUAUCUCCAAUGGCACAUGGGCUAAAGCAAGCCUUAAUAUUAUUGUAAUCUGUAUUUGUGGUGCUAAACUCUUGCACUAAGCUAAUAAUAACAUUAAUCACCAUGUAUGGGAAUUUGAAAUACAGCAAAAUAGCACUAAGAGCCUGGUAAAUCCCUUUCUUACAUACUUCAGGACAGCAAUAUGAAAAUGUUCUAUGGUGCAUAUAUUGUAAUGUUUAUAAAAUGUGAUAGUGUUGUCUUGAUUAACUGUUGCAGUUUCAGUGUUAAUUUUACAUGAAUCAAUUGAGAAACACCCUAUAUAAAUUUACAUGUUAUACAAGAAAGAAAUAAUGCAUAAUUUUUAUGCAAAUUGCCAAACUGAGCUAUAAUGUGUGGUAGUAUGUUUUAUAGUUCUCUGUAUUUGUUGCUUAGUCCUUUAUGUAGUGAUAAAAAGCAGCCCACCCCCACUGUCUGCCACCAUAACCUUUAUAACAGUCUGCAUACCAAUGAGAGCAUAUAUGCCGACCUUUAGUUUGGAAAGAUAAUCUCAUUAGCACCAUGCAUGUUAUGUGUUACUGAACUGUCUUAUACUUGAAGUACUUAAUUAUGUCUGGUUUUUAUACAAGUUAAUUUAAAUUGUACCAUAUUUACUGUUCAUCUGAGAAGCACCUAGCUUGAAUAGCUUCUCUUUCAUCUCCUUCUCAAUUUCUUAUGCAGAGAGUAAUUGUUUUUGCUGAUUAUUUUGUGUGUAUAUUUUUAAUUUAAAUUUCACCGUUUUUGUACUUGUGUGUAAUUUUAUUUGUUUAGUAACAAGAAUACGUAAAAUAUUCGUCAGCGUGAUACCUUCUGUUGUUCUGGACCAUCUUUACCAAGCUGUGCUACUAAUCAGGUUUAAAUUUAAUAUACAAAAUAUUCCAUAAAAAAUGGUUACUAUU